AUGCCUGGUAGCAGCGAUACCGAGGGAAUCCCCGGUUACGUCGUAACGGCGAAGGGGCCAUUCUCCGAUUCCUUUAAUUAUCCUGCUCUCCUCACCACCUACACGCCGGGUACCGAAUGUAGCACCGAAUGGGUCUAUGAUACUUCUACCCCGGGAUCAGUAUAUAAGGGUCUCGGCGAUGUUAGCAGUACUUACGCCAAAACCUGCCUGCCUUACAGGGGAACCAAUAACCACUUCAGACCUGGACUCUGUCCUAGUGGCCAAAAAUUCAAGCGCAUGGACAUGACUGUCGAGAGUAUGAGCGAUGGUAUGGUAACGGCGUCUCGGUGGUAUGCCGCAAUAUGUUGCAGCAGCGAGUAUCAAUUGACCUAUCGCGACGAAUCGCACAUCGAGUGCAGAACAGGUCUCCUACCUCUUAUAACUGCAUCUGUCAAUGGUGCCACAGGAACUACUUUCACCGAAACUGGCACAUACAUCAACACGCCUGCCGUCGGUGUCGAACAGCCCAUCUUCAUCUUCUGGAACGAGACCGAUCUCACCCUUUUCCCGGACCCGAUCGCGAAUUCCUUGCGCUCUAUCAUGUAUCUUCCCCCUAUAAUUCACUCAACUUCGGUCCCAUCAACACUCUCCACACUCACGACAGGAACAGAUGGAAACAGCCCCCAGGCACAGAACCCCUCACCCCUACCCACUACCGCAGCAGCAUUACAACCCUCUUCAACAAGCCCGUACGGCGACCCCAACCCCCCCGAGAAUCCCAGCCCGUUCUCCACAGGCGCAACAAUCGGGAUCGCAGUCGGUCUCGUCGCGUUCUUCGGGUUAAUCGUAGCAGGUGUGUACGUCCUCUGCGCGCGUCAUCGACGGAAGAAACAGCAGCAAUUACAAGAACUGCAGUCGCAGAAUGCGGAGGGGGAGCACGGCGCACAGCUUAAGGAGCUGAUGGACGCGCACCGGGCGGCGGUGUACGGUCAGGAUAGCGCGAAUACGGGGUAUGCUGUGCAGAACCAGGGACACCAAGGACAGACUGAGUUGCAGGGACAAAGUCAGUUUCCGGUUGAGUUGGAGGCUACGCCUUGGGAUGGUGGUUCGGGAUCAGGCGCGGCGGGUCGAGGUCACGGUUGGGACUAA